AUGGUAAAGAAGGCGCCCUCGGCUGCUCCUGCUCCCACUCCUACUCCCAUGCGCACUACAAGAGCAACCAAGCCAAAGACUGGUGGCAGCAUCAGUAGCACCGACGCAGUGGAAGACGAUCGUGUGGUCGCGGCAAUGGAGGUCGAUCCACCCAAACCCAAGCGAGCUGCAGCCCGUGCUGCUGCCACUGCUGCUGCUGCCACUGCUGCCACAUCAGCAGUACAAGUGGCUAGUACUACUAUUGCUGCUCCCCGAGGCAGGACCAGCAAGGCAGCCGCACCUGUCCCUGCCUCUUCAAUCUCAGAGCCGCUCAGCAAGCGCCAGACCGCUCAGAAGAAGGCCACUGCACCAACCAACCAAGGAUCUCAGACUGUGAGCUACCAUCUUCGUGCUCGCAAACCCACUCAGGUUGCAGUUGCGCCCAAGAAGAACAAGAAGAAGGCUCGUCAAACGGAUGCUGACGAUGCUGACGACGGCGACUACGAGGACUGCGAGGACGACGCUGCUGGCGAGGACGACGACAACCAGGACAGCAAGAAGCUUAGCAGGGAGGAAGCGGUCGGCGAAGCACUCCUGCAAAACACCACACUGACUACGCUCGACUUGGGUGACUGUGUGAUUGACUUCAAGAAUGCUAGAAUGCAGCCGAUUGCGGCAGCGUUAGUGCAGAACAAAACGCUGACGACACUCCGGACUCAAAAUUACAUUGACGCAGUAAUGUCCAAUGCACUGACGCAAAACACCACUCUGACUGAACUCUCGGGUUACCUCGAUGCCAAUGGAGCGCGAUCGAUGGCAAAGGCACUGACGCAGAACGCCACGUUGACCACGCUCCAUGUGGGCUGGGGUAAAUUCGGCCCGGCAGAAACAAACGCGAUUGCCGCCAUCCUGAAGCAAAACACGUCACUGACCACCCUAGAGUUGGAUGGUCCUCAGAUUGGAGACUUUGGAGCUCAAGCGAUUGGAAAAGUGCUGAAACAAAACACCACUUUGACUGCACUCCGCUUGCUCGGCAACGAUAUUGGCAGCGCUGGAGCGCAAGCGAUCGGAGAGGCACUCAAGACCAACUCGGCAUUGACUACGCUUGUUUUGGAUAAAAACGAGAUUGGCGAAGCUGGCGGACUUGCGAUCGCUGAUGCUCUGGUGUGCAACAAGACGUUGACUACGCUUUCCAUGUAUUGGUGUUCGAUUGGAGAUGCUGGAGUUGAAGCGAUUGUCCACGCGCUCGAGAAGAACACUACGUUGACCUCCCUCAAUUUGAAAAACAAUAUCACUCUCGGUUCUGGCGCGCAGGCGGCGAUACCACGGAUGCUCCAAGUGAACACGACGCUGACUGAGCUUGAUCUGGGUGACAAUAGAUUGAACAGCGUUGGAUUCCAAGCAAUUGCAGAAGCGCUCGCGCGAAACACUUCUCUCACGACACUCUCACUUGCGUAUAACGCCAUGGAACUAGCCGGAGCGCAGGCGAUUGCUGCAGCACUCAAGAGCAACACCACACUGACCACACUCAAUCUGGAUCACAGUUGGUUUGGCGAUGCCGGUGCGCAGGCCAUUGCGGAUGCUCUUCGGCAGAACAAGACGCUUACCAGUCUGCAUCUCGAGCACUGCAGGAUUGGCACUGCUGGACUCCAAGCGAUCAGUGGAGCGCUCGUGCAGAACAACACGUUGACCACGCUCAAUCUUUCAAUGAAUCCGAUUGACGAUGUUGGUGCCAACAGCAUUGCCGAAAUGCUGAAGUCGAACACCAGUUUGACCACUCUCGAUCAACUUCGUUUUAAAAUGCACGAGAUUGCCGAAGCACUCAAGCAGAACACGACGCUGACGACACUCGAUUUAUCUCGCAAUAAUAUUGGCGCUGUUGGAGCGCAGGUCAUUGCCGAGGCUCUGAAGCAGAACAGGACUCUGACGACGCUGUGUCUAAAUCAAGCUGAGAUUGGCGCUACUGGGGUGAAAGCUAUUGCCGAGGCCCUCAAAAUGAACGCUGCGCUGACCACGCUCGAGUUGGAUGGCAAUUCCAUUGGCGAUGCUGAGACGCAGGCAAUUGCACCCGCACUUGUUCAGAACACGACUCUAACCUCGCUCAAACUAGGGAGCGACGUGCUUGGCAAAGCUGGAGCGCACGCGAUUGCCACGGUGUUGAAGCAAAACGCCACACUCACCACCCUCGAGCUGUCGGCUAGCUUUGUUGCCUGUGCAGUGCAAACAAUCGCAGCCGCACUCAAACACAACACUACGCUGACCACGUUCAAAUUGCGAGAUUGGAACAACUACGAUCCUGAAUUCGAGCGUGAAAUGUCAGAACCAUUGACCACAGAGCGUCUGCUGUCGCAGGUGCGUAAUCCGCAUGAUUUUGGACUCGAAAACGCCCUGUCGCGGGUUUCCGAGUUUUUCUUGCGUGAGAACAUUGUUGACUCUGCUGGAGUGCAAGUGAUUCAAGAGGUUCUGAGUUUGAUCAAGCCAAGCAAGCUUGAGAUUCGCUUUGGCCUUGACGACUUUGGAGCGCAAGUGCUUGCAACAUCACUCAAGCAGAACUCUUGGAUGACCGAGCUCAAUCUGAGAUCCAAUAAGAUUGGCCCGAUUGGAGCCCAAGCGAUUGCAGAAGCGCUGAUGCAGAACGCCAAGCUCACUAUACUCAAUCUGAGUUCCACUCAGCUCGGAGAUGCAGGAGCGGAAGCGAUUUCCAAGGCACUCAGGGUGAACACGACACUGACCACGCUAAAUACAGGAGCCAUGGCGUUGGUGGAGGGUCUGAAACAAAACGUGGGAUUGACUUCGUUCUACCUGUCCCGCAAUUCUAUCGGCGAUAGUGGUGCAAAUGCGAUGGCUGCUGCGAUCUCACAGAACACAACACUGACGACCCUCGAUCUUGGAAAGAAUCAUAUUGGCGAUGCUGGCGCCGAAAGGUUGGCAGAAGCGCUCCUGCGGAAUACCACGCUCAAGGUGCUCAGUUUGUGGUAUAACGAAAUGAGCGAAGCAGGACAGCGAGUGAUGGCAGCAGCACGCAGCCAGAAUUCUGCACUUGACUCGCUCAACUUUAGCGCAAUUUUCAUGUGCUUUGUUGAGUGUCAACUGAACACUGGCCUGGUCAAGUUGAUCAUGGGCGACAACCGCGUGGAAGAUGCAGGUGCGAUCGCUAUUGCAGCGGCCAUCCGUUGCAACAAGUCCUUGCGUGUGCUGAUCUUGAGCAACAUUUGUGACCCCUCCUGGAUUCGGGUUCAAGGCUGGACGGCACUGCAACAGGCUGAGCUUGCCAGCGGUGGUCGCCUUCGAAUUGAAUCAAGCGACUGGGAUUUGGUUCCUGCCGACGAACUGCGCGAAAUGUAG